CAUCGGUAAUCUGUUGCGUCAUUGGAAAGUUCAUUGUCAGUGGCCAUCAGAUACUCAUGAUAUGGAUCCAGACAGUGAUGAGCUGGUUGACAGUCUUGUAGAAGCCAAUGACAUGCUUCUGGAAAGAGUGGAUACAAACCUUGAUGAGGCUGCAGGCCUGAAAUCAAACAAAACAAACCAGACAGUUGCUGGAGCUCCUGGGCAACAAGGAACACCAAUUGUGUCAAGUUGGAACAGAGCUAAGAAAGACACCCCGGGGAAGAAAGAUACCAACUUCCGGUUUCUCAUGGCUAAAAACAUUCAACGACCACAACUGAAAUUUAAAGACAAGAUUGACAACAGCAACACUCCUUUUAUUCCAAUUAUAAAGAGAAAGCCUAAUGCUCUGAGGCCUUUUGAAGUUGAUGAAAUAAGCGGCAGUGGACAUCUUCAUGAAAAUGCACAAGUACCAUCAUCUAUUGCUGACUUUGUGCAUCGAGAGAGAGUAAAGGGAAUCAGCAGUUCUUCUGUAAACAGUACAGCCCAUCCUUACCAAUAUGAACUUGAAGUGUUUCAACCUCCAGAAAAUCAGUUGAUGCUACGGAAAGAGGAGCUGUAUGAUGAACUUGAGAAAACUCCAUUCACUAUGAUUGAAACAGCAGAACAGCUUGAACAGCUUUGCCAGCACCUUGCAACUGUGACAGAGUUUGCAGUGGAUCUAGAGGCUCAUUCCUACAGAUCUUUCCAAGGAUUUUGUUGCUUGAUGCAGAUAUCCACACAGCACCAAGAUUUUCUCAUUGACACACUGGAGCUGCGCAGUGAGCUUCAAAUCCUUAAUGACUAUUUCACCAAUCCCAACAUACUGAAGGUUCUUCAUGGAGCUGAUAUGGAUAUUGGAUGGCUGCAGCGAGACUUUGGUAUUUAUGUUGUCAAUAUGUUUGACACAGGCCAGGCUGCCAGAGUGCUAAACUAUGAGAAGUAUUCCUUAGCUUUCCUGCUGAAGAAGUUUUGUGAUGUCACAGCAAAUAAACAAUACCAAUUGGCAGAUUGGAGGAUAAGACCUCUGCCUUCAGAGAUGGUGCGCUACGCCAGAGAAGACACACAUUAUUUGCUAUACAUUUGUGAUCGUAUGCAUAACGAUCUCAUAAAAAGAGGAAAUGCAAAUAACAACUUAUUACAAUCAGUGUACUCCAGGAGCAAGGAUAUUUGCUUAAAGUGCUAUGAGAAACCAUUAUUUACCAGUGAAUCUUACAGAAAAGUACUGGAGAAACACAAGCGAACAUUCAACACUGCGCAGAUGCAUGCAUUCCGCCUUCUGUUUGCGUGGAGAGAUAACAUUGCACGAGAAGAGGAUGAAAGCUGCGGUUUUGUUCUCCCAAAUCACAUGAUGUUCCAGAUUGCGGAAACUAUGCCAAGAGAAGCCCAAGGCGUUCUUGCCUGUUGUAAUCCAGUCCCCACACUGGUCAAGCAGUACGUGAAUGAGAUACAUAUGUUGAUUGUUCAAGCAAAGGAGACUGCUCUAACCUCAAACAAG